AGCGUGCUCCGCAGCCGCUAUUGCUUGGGAAGUGCCCGUCGUUCUUUAUAACGUAUUGUUUAUUAUAAUUUUAAAAAUUAAUGACAACUUUUAGAAAAUUUAUACACGCCGUAAUAAAAUUUGAAUCUGUAUUUUUAUGUUUAGUAAGUUCUUUUCCAUUUAAAUACGUAACACAUUAAAUUUUCAUUCUGUUUGACUAACUGCCACGUAUAUACAUAAAUGUACAUAUAAAUAUACAAAAGUAAAAAUUAUGUCAAACGAAACUUCUGAAAUCCCAAAUAAACGAAUAAUGACGACUUGUUCUAAUGUAUCAGAGCAAGCACAUCAUGUAUCAAGAGCAAAAAGAGGCCAAGCAAUAGGAAGCGUAAGAGGCUUUCGAGGAUGCACAGUUUGGUUAACAGGGCUUUCCGGUGCUGGAAAAACUUCUAUAGCUUUUCAAGUUGAAGCUAUUUUAGUUAAUCAUGGAAUUGCUGCUUAUGGCCUUGAUGGAGAUAACGUAAGGAGUGGUUUAAACUGCAACCUUGGUUUCAGCAAAGAAGAUAGGAAAGAGAACAUAAGGAGAGUUGCAGAAGUAGCUAAAUUAUUUGCUGAUAGCGGUCAAAUUUGUUUAUGUAGCUUUGUAUCACCGUUUGAAGAAGACAGGCAAAUGGCAAGACAAAUUCAUAAAAUGUCUGAUCUUCCAUUUUUCGAGAUCUUCGUCGAUACACCCCUUAAUGUAUGCGAAGCUAGGGACACGAAAGGAUUGUAUAAAAAGGCGCGUCAAGGAGCUAUUAAAGGCUUUACUGGAAUAGAUCAAAUGUAUGAGAGACCAGUAAACCCUGAUUUAGUGGUAACCACUGAAAACUGUACUCCAGAAGAAUCAGCUGCAACAGUUAUAGAUCUUCUGGAGAAACAGUGUAUUAUACCAGUGCUUCAAAAACCAACAAUACCGAUACGGGAGUUAUUCGUUCCAGAAUCACGAAUAUCUUCUGGCAAAGCAGAAGCAGCUACUCUUCAGAGCUUAGAAAUUAGUGAAAUAGAUGUACAAUGGCUGCAAGUUUUAGCAGAAGGUUGGGCUGCUCCUCUCACUGGUUUUAUGCGGGAAGAUCAAUAUUUACAAACUCAACAUUUAAAAUGUCUCCUUGAUGGAGAUAAGGAAGUUAAUCAAUCUGUUCCCAUAGUUCUUGCGAUACACACGGAAGAUAAGGAACGUUUGGAUGGGCUUUCGGCUUUCACGCUAAAGUACAAAAAUAAAGCACUUGCAAUAUUACGUAGACCGGAAUUUUAUUUCCAUAGAAAAGAAGAAAGAUGUGGAUGGCAAUUUGGUACUAAUAAUUUAGGCCAUCCGUAUGUAAAAAUGAUUCAUGAUUCUGGAGAUUGGUUAGUAGGUGGUGAUAUUGAAGUUUUUAAAAGAAUUAGAUGGCAUGAUGGUCUGGAUAAAUAUAGACUUACACCGAAUGAAAUCAGAACGAAAUGUAAAAAAAUGAAAGCUGAUGCUGUAUUUGCAUUUCAACUUAGAAAUCCUAUACAUAAUGGUCAUGCAUUAUUGAUGCAAGAUACUAAAAAGCAUUUAUUAGAAGAAAGAGGAUUUAAAAAUCCUGUACUACUUUUACAUCCUUUGGGUGGUUGGACAAAGGAUGAUGAUGUACCAUUACAUACUAGAAUUCUUCAACAUGAGGCAGUACUAAGUGAAGGUGUUCUAGAUAGUAAUUCUACUUUAUUAGCAAUUUUUCCAAGUCCAAUGAUGUAUGCUGGACCAGUUGAGGUACAGUGGCAUGCAAAAGCUAGAAUGAAUGCAGGUGCUAAUUUUUACAUUGUUGGAAGAGACCCAGCUGGUAUACCACAUCCUAACAAAACUGUAACCUUAGAUGGAAAUCUUUAUGAUCCUUCUCAUGGAGCUCGAGUUCUGUCAAUAGCUCGAGGUUUGCAAGAUCUGGAGAUCAUACCAUUUAAAGUUGCAGCGUAUGAUAAAAGGCAUAAAAAAAUGUCCUUUUUUGAUACAGAACGAAAAGGAGAUUUCGAAUUUAUAUCGGGAACAAAAAUGCGUACUUUAGCAAAAGUAGGUGAAAAUCCACCUAAUGGUUUUAUGUCGCCUAAAGCAUGGAGUGUUCUUGCACAAUACUAUCAAAAUUUAGAAAAGUAAAAAUUAUAAUUGAUUAUAAUAGAACAAUAUUGGUACUUUAAUUGUUAAGGAUAAUAAGUACAAUAACGUCUUCUUUUAUCAAAACGUCCAUUAAGGUUUAGUUUUUGAAUUAUUAACGAAAAACGUCAACCAAUUAGAGCGCGCAUAAGGCGCAUGCUCACGCGCAGAAGUGUCGGUUACGAACCAACGCGGUUUCCGAGCAGUUUGUUUCCGACCAUGGUCGAGGCCGGUUGUCAUUGCGAAUAUUCCUGCGGCUGAUCCCGCUCUGAUUAGUUAGUGUUUUUAAUUAAUAAUUUAAAUACUAAGCUUUAGCUAGCAUUUUGGUAAAGGAAACAGUUGUUCAGAAUCACCCCAGCUACCACCCCCUGAAAGGAUGUUCAACCGUAGCCGGACACCCUGUAGAUUUGUAUGUAUAUUUGUACAUUUUUCUUGUAUAGUACAAGGAUUCUAACAUUUACCUCUGCAUCAAAUAAGUUAAUACUUAUUUGCAUUUAUUUUUAACGUAACGUAUAUAUGUUUUUAUUUUGUAUAAAAUACAAAAUGUAAUACACACUUUAUCUGAAUAUACAUAAAGUGUUUAUAUUUAUUAAAAGAAUUGUAUAUUGUCAACUUCAAAUUAUACAUAAUUGGAAUAUAAAUUUAUUAUACGUAUGCAGUAAAAAUUUUUAAAAUGCAACAUCUAAUAGAAAAAUAUUUGAUAUUCAAAUUCUUUUAUUGCCACAAUAAAAUACAGAUAAGAUUGAUGGACAAAAAGAUGAAUAAUAUAAGAAAAUAAAUAUAGAAAUUAAAAUGUGCAAUUUCGUUACAAUUAGGAAAGAAACAAAUUUGUUAAUGUAUAACUUAUAGUAAUGUGUGUAGUUGUAAGAUGAAAAGUAUUCUUGUAGUUAUAAUUCAAUUAAUCAUGCAGUAUGUCAUAAUAGAUUUAGUAAAUAUUAAAUUUUCUAAUGUAGUACGUAGAAAUAACAAAUUUAAUGGCAAUUUUGCAACAAUAAGAAAACGAAGAUUUUUAGUAGUAAAAAAAUCUUCUAAUUCAUAAUAAUAUAAAAAUGAAAUAUCAUUAUAAAGUAAUGCAAAUGGUUUAUUAACUAAUUAUACUUAAUUACACCUAAGUGAUGUUUAAACUAAUGAGCGUUAAUUUUGUAAUGUAUAAAAUUUUUGUCUUAAACGUACAAAGUUAUAUUUGAAAUAUAUAUUAUAUGAACGUA